GUAAGUUGAAUGGAACGGACUGUUAGUUCAAACUUCUAACCACACGCUUGGCAAUUGGCACAAACAAAUAUUUACAUUGGUAGUACAUGAAAUAAACUUCAUUUUACCUAAAUUUUCUCCCAUCCAAGAACUUCUCCUCCGCCAGUUAAUUCUCUGAGUAUUAACCAAAAACAAAAAAAAAAAACAAACACAUGGAAGAAGAUGAAGAAGAAGAAAUUGGCAGGAGCAUUUUGAUGCAAUUAGUCCAUUCUACUCCAGCCAAUGUUCAGAUCAUCAUACAUUUUCCCAAAGAAUGGAGCGGAAGAGGACGUUAAAGUUGAGCUGGGAUGAGCUUGAGGGAGGGGAGGAAGACGACGAUCAGUUCUUUGAUCCCCGUGACCGGCUUUCAUGCGCUGUUCCGCUCGACUUGGCCACAUUUAAUUCAGAAGAGGAAGACGACGAUGAGUUCGAGGAUAGCCGGCUCUCCCUCUCCUCCACAUGCCUUGAGAUGGAGGAGAAUGAUAAUCAUCAUCAUCAUCAUCAAGAGGCCCCACAAUCUAUCAUGGGAGAGGAUUAUAGAAUGUGGAUGGCGGACCCCGGCGACAUCAAGGAGCGCCGCAAGCGCCUUCUCCAAGGCAUGGGUUUGGCGAGCUCGCGAAUCGUCAGGGCCAUUUCCAGAAAGCCCUCACGUAUUCCGGCUCCCAAACCUUCUGCUUCUUCGUCCAAAAAUGGUAGCAAUAAGCCCGAAAAAGACAUGCCGAGGCAAGAAACUCCGAAUCCCCCCUCAGAUGAUACUCCUCCUCCCCCUCCCCCUCCCCAGGGGAAGGAGAAGGGAAGGGAGGUGGGGACAACGGCAGAGUUUGUCCCCAUUGUCCUCGUCCGGUCAAGAUCGGAUGGGGACAUAGAAUACUCCUCCGCGGAAACGAAAAGGAGGAAAGAAGAAUUAAUCGGCCCCGUAUCCAAACAACGCCUAACAAGAACCUCAUCCGGAUUGAAAACCUACCGACCCGCCGGAAUUAGCAACCUCGCCGCCGGCCCGGUGAUUGUGGCAGCGCAACCGAAAAAGUGGAAAACCAGACGGCGGGCCCAGGCGAGCACGACAGACGAAUGCUUUGGUUCCUUCUUCUUGAUAAAGAAUUUGGACACUGGAAAAGAGUUCAUCGUGAAGGAGUGCAACGAGAACGGGAUGUGGAAUAAGCUGAGCGAUCUCCAGACGGGGAAGCAACUGACGAUGGAGGAAUUCGAGAAGCACGUCGGGCACUCCCGUUUGGUGAAAGAGUUGAUGCAUAGGGGAAGAAGAGACAAUAAGAUGGUAAACAUGAACUCAUAUAUCAGCAAGAGUUUCAGGUAUAGUAAGAAAACGAGCGUAGCUCUAAUGAAGAACAUAAAGGGAGUGGCAAACUCAAUGAGCUUUAAGGUGAUGAACGAGAAAGAUCAUAUGGACGAGAAGAAGCAGCAAAAGAAGAACUCGUCGGAGUGGAUUAAAGUCCAACAACAGGGGAAAAGCCACAAGGAAUUCACGGGCUUGCAGCUGUGCCAAGAAAUCCAGGCGCACGACGGUGCAAUAUGGACCAUUAAGUUCAGCAAUGACGCCCGGUUCUUGGCAAGUGCCGGAGAGGAUAGAGUGAUUCACAUUUGGGAAACUCAGGAGGUUGAGGUUGUUCGGCCACCGCCGCCGCCGGAGGAACGCGGUGGAGCCGCCACUCCUCUUCACCCGUCGUUGCUCGCCGGAAAGGGAAAGAGUGCUUCCACUAAGAAGAGGGAUAGUGUUAUCCCGGAGUAUGUGAGCAUGCCGGAGUCUGUGUUCGCCUUCUCUGAGAAGCCCGUUUGUACUCUGAAUGGUCAUCAAGAUGAAGUGCUAGACUUGUCUUGGUCUAAAUCUCAGCUUCUCCUUUCGUCUUCAAUGGACAAAACGGUUAGGCUAUGGGACAUUGAAAACCAGAGCUGCCUGAAAAUGUUUGCACACAAUGAUUAUGUGACUUGCAUACAAUUCAAUCCGGCAAACGAUGACUACUUUGUGAGCGGUUCACUUGAUGCCAAGGUUCGGUUAUGGAAUGUACCUGGCCGGAAAGUUGUCGACUGGACUGACCAGAAAGAUAUGGUCACUGCCAUUGCCUAUACCCCUGAUGGUGAGGGUGUGAUAAUUGGCCUACAAAAAGGAAGUUGCAGGUUGUAUAGAAUCACUGAUUGCAAACUUGAACAAGAAGAGCAAGUUGAUAUUGAUCAAAAGAAGAAAUCCCAAAAUAAGAAGAUCACUGGUUUUGAGUUUUCCAAAUCAAACCCUUCAGAACUGCUCAUCACCUCUGCAGACUCCUAUAUUCGUAUCCAUGAUGGAACAAACUUUACCCUAAAAUUUAAAGGUUUCAAAAUCACGAGCAGCCAAAUCUCAGGAUCCUUCAGUCAAGACGGGAAAUACGUGAUAAGCGCGAGCGAAGAUUCACAGGUUUAUGUGUGGAAGAGGGAAGAAGUGAAAAGCAGCAUGGGGGGGAAACCGCGAUGCGUCACGGUCCAAGCUCACGAGCACUUCCCAUGCAAAGACGUCUCCGUCGCCAUCUCAUGGCCCGGUAGAAUGACAAAGAACGAGCCGCCGCCGCCGCAAAUGCACCUUUCAAAACCAACCACCGCUGCUGCCGCCGCCCUUCCACCACCACAUCCUACAACCAAGAGGAGUGCCUUACCACCCCUGCCUAAGAAGAAUUGCGGCGUCACCGGAGAGCCAGCUGAUCAAGAAGAAGAUGAUGAUAGAGAUGAAAAUUCGUCUUCUAAUCAGCCUUUGGACAAAAGUAUGGCUUCUCCUGCUCCGUCUCGGUCGUCGUCCUCCGUGAACCUGCCGGAAGAGAGCGGCGGCACCACCCAACAAGGUGGUAGCGCCGCCGUGCAGGCGGCGGCAUGGGGUAUGGUGAUUGUGACGGCAAGUUCUGGGGGAGAGAUAAGGGUGUAUCAGAACUUCGGGUUGCCUGUAAAAGCCAAUCGUCAGACCAAUCUCUUCAUUACAUAGAUUAAACUAUUGUACUAAUAGAUUUUGCUUAGGUUUGAAAUGUUUCGAGAAAAGGGGCUUUUUUUGUAGAGAGAAUGUGUGUACUUCCCCGAUAGAUUUUGAAGCCCCAACUGCAUAUGAUAUGAUGACCAUUUGACAUGAGUUUGUACUUAGAUCUCAUGUGGAUUUAAUCUUGGUUGUCCAUAUUCAAUACAGGCGAUGGGACUACGCUAAGUUGUUUGGUAAAAUCCUACUCCCUCCGUCCCUCUGUAUUUGUCCACAUUUGACUUUUGGAACUGUUCAUCUAAGCACUUUGACUCAUCAAAUUCUCUCAAUGUGUAAGCCUAAAUAUAGUCAUGUGUGAUCUUGUUUGAUUUGUCUUAACAUAUAGAUUAUUAAUAUAUAAUUUCUAUAAUUUUUUAAUAUACAAAUUACAAGAUAAAAUGGAUUAAAGAAGUACAUUGGAU